GUCUUGAUUUCAGUGUCACAAAGUUCUAAGUUAUUCUAUUGUUUAUUGUUUAGUGUGGUGAAGCUGAAAGAAAGUUUAUUUAGUUGUUUCGUUUGCUCGUUCGUUACAUUGUUAAUUCAACUACUUGACUUUUUUUCACUGUCCAGUCAGCAUUUUUUUGUUACACAUAAUUUUUCAUGUAAUGUUUGCAGUCGUCCCAAACCAAGUUGUUGUGAAUUUGUGAUUUAAUCUAAGAAGAUUCACUCAAGUUCCUACAAGCGUCAAUCACUUGUUUGUUACUUAUCAGCGGUCAUUCAAAUUAAAACAGAAAAAAGUGAAAAAUAAAACGAAAAUAUAAUUUAAUAUGGAAUCAAGAACAACAUCAAUUGAUUCCACAAUAAAUUCCAAAUAUGAUUAUAUAUUAAACAGUCCUAGACAAUUAAUAAUUCCACUAACUAGAUGUGAUCAUCUGCUCAAUCGACCAUCUGAUAUAGUACUUAAACAGGAAUAUAUUCCGACUGCUAAAGAUUAUAAUGAUUAUCAACCAUUACAAAUCGGGACUGGAUGUGAAACCACCAUAGAAAAAGUGAACAUUAAUGGGACUGAAAUUAAAAUCGAAAAAGAUUAUAUCGACGGUUGUGUAUUUGAAAGUAUAGUUUCUCAAAGUCAUUCAGAUGAAAGCUCUAAUAAAUCUAAGAAAUGUGAAAUUUGUAAUAAAAUGUUUACUAGAAGCAGAUAUUUGAAAAUUCACAUGAGGAUUCAUACUGGAGAAAAACCUUUUAAAUGUGAUUUAUGCGAUGUAUCAUUUAAAUUAAAUCACCAUUUGAAAAGACAUAUUAUGAUAAUUCAUAAGAGUAAAAGAGAAAAGCCAUUCGUUAGUGGCAUUUGUAAUAAGUCUUAUGAUAAUAGUUCAUUAUUGAAAAAACAUAAAUUGUUUCAUACAGAUAAAAGUCCUCACAAAUGUGAUGUAUGUAACAAAGCAUUUUUUAGCUCUUCAAAUUUGAAGAAGCAUAAAAUGAUACAUACAGGAGAAAAACCGUUUGAAUGUAAAUUAUGUGAUAAAGUAUUUUCUCAUGCACAUUGUUUAGAAAUUCAUACAAACACACAUACGGGUAAAAAACCUUACAAAUGUGAUGUUUGUAAUAAAAUGUUAACUAGAAAAGAAUAUUUGAAAGUUCAUAUGAGGCUCCAUACUGGAGAAUCCCCUUUUAUUUGUGCUAACUGCAAUCAAUCAUUUCGUAGUAAGGCACUAUUGAAAAGUCAUAUUAUUAAUUACCAUCUAGGAGAAAAAUACAAGUGUAAAAUUUGUUUGAAAAAUUUUGCUAGUAGUUCAAGGAUCAAAAUUCAUAUGCAAAGUCAUAUCGGUGAAGAGAAAUAUAAAUGUGAUGUAUGUAACAAAGCAUUUUUUGAUUCUUUAAGUUUGAAUAAUCAUAAAAUGACACAUACAGAAGAAAAACGUUUUAAGUGUGAUGUUUGUAAUAAGAUGUUUACUAGAAACGGAUAUUUAAUAGUUCAUAUGAGGAUCCAUACUGGAGAAUCUCCUUUUAUGUGUGAUAUCUGUAAUCAAUCAUUUCAUCGUAAACCACUUUUGAAAAGUCAUAUUAUUAAACACCAUACAGGAGAAAAAUCUUACAAGUGUAAAAUUUGUUUGAAUAAAUUUUCCACUAGUUCAAGUAUCAAUGUUCAUAUGAGAAUUCAUAAUGGAGAAUUCCCUUUUACUUGUGAUAUCUGUAAUAAAUUAUUUCGUCAAAAAGAUCUAUUGAAAAAACAUAUUAUUAAACACCAUAUAGGAGAAAAAUCUUAGAAGUGAAAUUAAAAUUUGUUUGAAGAAAUUGGUUUGUAGCUCAAGUGUCAACAUUUAUAAAAGAAGUCAUACCAGUGAAGAAACAUAAUAAUGUGAUAUAUGUAAUAAAAUAUUUCAUCAUAAAAGAAAUUUUGAUAAUCACAUGAACAAGCACUAUGACUCAUACUGGGUUGAAACUUCAUAAAUGUAAUAUCUGUAAUAAAGCCUUUAAUAUAAAAUUAAGACUGAUUAACCAUAUGAGAAUUCAUACUAGUGAUUAAAUAAAUAAGAAGAACUACUGAAGUAAUAUAAAUGUACUUUCUUGUAAAAAAAUUAUAUUAUUUAUUUGUGACUUAA